AUGACGCACUGGCACGCCGAUCCUACGGAAUCCCAUGUUUGUCACGUUUGUGGAAAAGAUUUCCGCAUCCUUUCCUCCCUCAAGGCACAUCUCCGACUGCACGACGAAUCUCUCCAUCACGGCGGGGGAAUGUUCACGACGCAAAUUGGACUGAAAAAGCACAAGUUGACACACACCGGGAUAAAGUCGCAUAAAUGUGAUCAAUGCGACGCCGCAUUUUUAGAUAAGCGAGCUCUCACCUCUCAUCUACAAACUCACUCUGAUCUGCGACCCUACCCUUGCCCCCCUUGCGAACAAGCGUUCAAAAACAAGGAAUACGUGGUAGGACAUGUCAAGCGGAUCCACACGCCCGGCUAUGUCGUCCCCACCCCACACAAAUGCCCCCAGUGUGGGAAAUCCUUCCAGACUCCGUUCUUCAUGAGGGCACACGUCCUCCAAGCACACACCGAGGAACGACCCUUCACCUGCGACCAGUGCGGAAAAGGAUUCGUUAUGAAGUCGGCGUUAACCCUGCAUUUGAGGGGAAGGCAUGGGAUUGAUGUGGGUGUGAGAAAAAAUAGACUGCCGAGGUCCAAGAGGGACAAUUUUGGAGGAGAUGAAGAAGAGGGUCGUUAG